CUAAAAUAUCUUAAUCUAGCCAAUAACGUACUCAGUUUUGGGAUUUAUCUGCUAGAAUUUGGCGAUUUAUCUAAUAUUAUCACUGUCAAUGCGAGUUUUCAGUCCUCUUUUCAUCAAAUAGGACUCAUAGAUUUUUUCACAAGCUGCAAAGAUACAAAGCCGGGCCAAUGUGCGAAUUUAGCAGAAAACCAACAUGGGGUAACGACAGUCAAAAAGCAAAUAAAGUUACCUUUACUUACACAAGAAAAUAUAACAGUCUUCCUUCCACCCAACUUAAAAACGUUAUAUUUUCACGAUAAUCUCUACAAAAUGACUCUUCAAAAUUUUGUUUUCAAAUCUGUUAAAACACCUAUGUUGUCAAGAGUUUAUUUUCAAAACAACAUAAUCCAUGAAUUAAAUGGUCCCAUUACCGGCAUCGAAAGUGUUGUUCAUGCAGAUUUCUCUAAUAAUUUUUGCAGCUAUAUUUCGCCAUGGUUUUUCAAAGAUUUGAAAAAUAUAUCUUACCUCGAUCUUUCCAAAAAUGCUCUAGGUGAGAAUCUGGAAAAUGAUGUUGAGGGAGAAAUUUUUCAGAAUCUGUUCAUGUUGAAAACCUUAAAUCUAACACGAAACAGAAUUGUACGACUUCCUAGUAAAGUAUUUCGGAACCUCAUGCAACUGGAAAAUCUUAACCUCAGUUUCAAUUCUUUGAGUAAGUUUACAGUACCAGUCAGUCAUAUGAAUCGCUUGUCUCACCUUGACCUCUCCAAUAACCAGAUAUCAUCCUUGAGUAGAGAAAUCAGAGACAUGUUAGAUGCAAUUUCCCAAAAGAACAUUCUAUCAUUGAACCUGAAGGGCAACGAACUGAGAUGCGACUGUGAGAACUUGGAUUUUGUGAAAUGGAUUAUAAGUUCAAAGAAUAUUAAUUUUCUUCAUUUUGAUGAAUAUGUGUGCUCUUCUUCAAAUUCCUCAGGGAUUCCAUUCUCAGAGAUCGAAAACCGUCUUCAGAUGUUGGAAAAACAGUGUUCCUCGUACACUCUUAUUAUCGUCAUUAUGACGUCAUUAACAAUCGUUGUCUUGACAAUCACCAUCAGCCGUAUUCUUUACAGAUAUAGAUGGAAACUGAGGUAUAUGUAUUAUGUGGCGAGGGAAAAUUAUAAAAUUAAUGUUUACAGACCAGAUGCCCUGCCAAACGCGUCGUAUCACUUUGACGCAUUCGUUUCUUAUGCUGAUGAAGACAGAGUGUUCGUCAUCAAUCUCGUGAAGCACUUGGAAAGGGAAUUCAAUUUAAGGUUGUGCAUACACCAACGUGAUUUCAUCCCUGGAACAGGCAUAGCAGACAAUAUCACCAAUGCCAUUCAUAAUAGCAGGAAAACCUUCUGUAUUAUUACGUCACAUUUUCUAGAUUCAUACUGGUGCAUGUUUGAACUAAAUAUGGCACGCAUGGAGGCCAUUUAUUCCCGAAACGGUGAAAAUAUUUUGUUUUUGGUUGCGCUAGAGAAAGACGUAAUGAAAAAAAUACCAUUUUCAUUCAUGGAUUUGAUCGAAUCAGAAUCGUACAUAGAAUUCCCGGAGGGCGGGGACGACGAGGAAGUAACAGCCUUUAGAUCAAAACUAGCAGAUACGCUCAUACAAUCGAUUUAGUUCUUUUAAAGGCUUUAGUUUACUUAAAAAAUCAUGUUUUCGGGCUUUACAUAACCGACAGUAUUUUCGGAAUGUUACUGAAAUAGUUAUCAGUAAUCCGAUGCUAGAUA